AUGAUCAAAAUAUUGAUUUUAUUGGCAUAAUUUCUUGAAUUUUUGUUUUCAGUCUCAUUAUGCACAUUCAUGAAGAUUGGAAGAGAAGAAACCAAAAUGAGUGGCAGAGUUCUAAAGUUUGCUUAUAGAGUUGAAAAAAAUCUACUCUACAACUAUGAAUUUGGACCAAAUACUAAAGUAGGUAAUCACUAAUCAUUAGGAUAUAAGACUUUGUUUGAUUCCAUUUUUACUACCAACUAUCUGCAAGAAAAUAAUUAAUAUCAAAUCACCAUUAAGUUUUUAUGAACUAUUGCUUGCGUUAAUUGAUGUUUUAUCACUCGUUGACUACAUCAAUACAACAGAAUCUUAUCAAAGAUAUUGUCUAGUUUAUACUAUAAGAGUCAUAAGAACUAUGAUGAUGCUAUUUGAAUUAGUAUAAGAAAUUACAAAAAUGGUAAUCCUUCACUAUGAGUAAAUAUUGCAAAAUAGACUUUUGCAAAUGUAAUAAAAGAAACAAUCUCUACAAAGCAGUAUUAAUCAAUAACAAUAGUUAUUAUCAAUUUAAUAAUAACAAAUUCUUAAUGAAGAUUUUGAUUCAGAUGAACAAUCUAAAUUAAAUAACACACGAAAAUAAUAAUAAUAAUAAUAAACAUUAAUAAAACGAAUUAUAUUUCCAUAAAUGAAAAUCCCUUGCAUUCUAUUAAAUUUAAUAAUUAAUCAAUAACAAUAUUACAUCUAAAUUAUAGAUCCUUGGAGUUUUGACAAAUCAUUCUCAUAAAUUUAUAUAAGAGAAUAACUAUUAAUAAUGAUUAAACUUAAUUAUUGCUGUUAAAUAUAUUAAACUUUAAAGAAAACUAAAUGUAAUUAAUAAGCUUUACAUAAAUACAGAGAAUUAAUAGCAGAAUAUUUAUCUUAAUUAAUUUGGAUGAAUUGA